AUGCCGAAUGUGAAGAUUUGCGGCCUACCGAAAUUGCCAAGAGAGGCCGCGAAGCGCUUGGAGCUGCUCCGGAACAGCAACCAGUACAAUUUGGAGCGGGAAAUGUACGAAGUGUACAGCGACAUGUUACGAAGAAAUGAAGAAAUUGGUAUGUCAGACCUGGAUUUGCAGGGGCCAACGAGUUUUCACACUCGGAUGGACACCAUCAGACCCAAGGUGGAGCAGCAAUACCACACGGCAAACAAGAGGCUUGCAAUUGCAAAGCGGAUAGCAGGCUCGAGUAAAGAACCGGAGGAAUUGGUCAAAUCGAAGGAGCUUUUGAGGUCUGAGUUGGAAGCCGUUGAGGAAGCCCAGCAUGCGGCUAAAGCGUACACGUUGAUGGUGCGCUUGUUUGCCAAAGUCAUUGACAGAGUCAGCGAUGCAGUUGCUGAAAGAGAAGUGCAGAAGAGCAUUCGGCCUGAGCUCGUGAGCUCAAUUGGUUGCCAGAAUGAAGAGUCAACCACUUUGCCCAGACCUCCACAGCUUGGUGUGUACGAGCCGCUUUCACCAGAUGCGGUGAUGCCUUUGGAUAUGACGCCAGAGGAGAUGGAACACAUCCAGCACACAGAGUUGGCUUACAAUGUGAUGCGGGACUUGUGCCAGCGAAAACGUCUUUGCAUCUGUCAGGUGCUGCAGUUUGAGGACUGGAUGAAGGAGGAAAAAAUCAACUUACAGAAAUGCCUGCCGAGCAAAGAGAGGAUCCUGCGAAUGGCUGCCUGCAACAGAAUUGUUCGCUCCUUCCGUUCCAGUCAUUUUACAGAAGAGUUGCAAGCACACAAGAUGUGGCGAAUCACGAACCUUGUGGAGCACUAUGAUCCGAUAGCUGCACCUCGGGUUCCAGAGUACAAAGGCCAAUUUCCCAUGUUUGUGCUCCCCGAGACAUGUCCAGCAAAGACAGUGACAGACACUGCAGGUGAAAGCCACGAAAGGAGACCGGAGGCUGUCACAGGUGAUGGGGUCUGUGGUCAAGACGCCUGGCCAAAAGCACAGGAUGCAGCACAGGCUGAUGUCCAAGAGCCAAAAGAGCAACCGGCAGAGAGAGCAGAGAGUUCAAGACGCUCUCUCGAGCCCUCACAUUUUGACUGUGACAGGCAAAACCGGGUCAAGCAAGAUGUCGCGGAUGCAGACUCGGAAGGGGCUGAAGCCUCUGGGGAACUAGAGGGAAUUUGUGUCGUUUGUAUCGAGAAGUCAGCGCUCUUUGUGAUGCAUGAAUGUGGGCACCUCAUUUUCUGCCCCGGAUGCAGACGCAAAGCAGUCGCAAAAGAAUUGAAGGAGUCCGGCAAGACACAGUGGAAGAGUGUCAAGCCAGGGCAACUCUCCAACAAAGAGCUGGAGCGCACAAAGGUGCGCUGUCCUAUUUGUCGGGAAGAGAGCGUGGCAGUUGCGCAGAAGAAGUUUAGUGGGAAGGUGUACACGUGA